GAAUUAUAGUGGGUUGUACAUGGAUAUAUUUAUUAAAGUUAAAAAUAGAGAUGAAUUUCGUAGAUGGACGGAAAUGAAAAUAUGAAGAUGUUUUUGAUGGAUGGAAGGAGCAUUAUAUAGAUGUUUGGAUUUUGUAUUUGACAACAAGGAUUAUUUCAUAUUUCUAUUACCUUAGUUCCCUCCAUCCAAACACAGUCUAACAUAGAGACUUGCUCAGUUGCUUAGUUGGCGUUUGGAGUCUUCUCACAGUAGAAAAAUAUUUUCCCUCUCUCUCUCUCUCUCUCUCUCUCCCUCCUCUCGCAUUUCUCGUAGACAUCUCAGAGUCCUACUCUCUGAUUGUUGGCAUAAUCCUCUUUAUUGUUGUAGCUUGAACUGCGAGUAGAUUGCUGAUCAGGGAUUUGGAUUAAGCAAGUGUUGAAUUUUAGCAAUGAAUUUUAUAGUUGGAGCUUUCAAACCAGCAUGCCACAUUUCAGUUGCAUUCUCAGAUGGAAAAAACCGAAAGCAGGUUCCAUAUAAGAAGGAGAAUGGUCAAGCGAUAACAGUCCCACUCUUCCAAAGUCAAGAUAACAUAACAGGCACGAUUACUGUUGAACCAGUUUCAGGGAAGAAGGUGGAACACAAUGGGAUCAAAGUUGAGCUUCUUGGUCAGAUAGAAAUGUAUUUCGACAAAGGCAACUUUUAUGACUUUACAUCUUUGGUUCGUGAGCUGGAUGUUCCCGGAGAAAUAUAUGAGAGGAAAACGUUUCAAUUUGAAUUUUCAACCGUGGAAAUGCCAUAUGAGACAUACAAUGGGGUAAAUGUGCGGCUAAGGUAUGUCCUAAAAAUAACAAUAAGCCGGGGUUAUGGUGGAAGCAUUACACACUUUCAAGACUUUGUGGUCUGGAAUUAUACCCCCCCUCCAUCAAUCAACAAUAGCAUCAAGAUGGAAGUUGGAAUUGAGGACUGCCUUCAUAUCGAGUUUGAGUACAAUAAGAGCAAGUAUCAUCUGAAAGAUGUUAUUAUAGGCAAAAUAUACUUUCUUCUCGUAAGAAUCAAAAUAAAAAAUAUGGAUCUGGAGAUUAGGCGACGGGAAUCAACAGGUUCAGGGUCCAACACCCAUGUUGAGACCGAGACUCUUGCAAAGUUUGAACUGAUGGAUGGUGCUCCAGUCAGAGGUGAAUCAAUUCCAAUUAGAUUGUUCCUCAGUCCGUAUGAGCUGACUCCCACUUGUCGAAACAUCAACAAUAAAUUUAGUGUAAAGUACUACUUAAACCUUGUACUUGUUGAUGAAGAGGACCGUCGAUAUUUCAAGCAACAAGAGAUCACAAUAUACCGGAUUGGAGAAACAUCAUGAUUUAAGUUACUCAAGUAUUGAAGGUUGGAUGCUUCCAACCCCAGGGUCUCAUGAUUUGAGACGUUUAUCGAAAAGUAAGAACUGUGUCUUAUUAGUUAUUGCUGUACAACCCAUCUAUUAUACAAAAUGCAUACUGUACAGAGGAAAAGUAUGUACGUUGUUGGCUGUCCAGAUUGAUAUUUUUGGCAGGUUUGUGGAUACAAUUAGUUAAAAACAUUUGACUGUAAGGCGAGGCCAUAUCGACUUUCUAAAAACAGGCUCUUGUACUCUACUUUCCCAGGAUUGAUUCUUGUGUAUUUUCCAUGUUAAGUUACUGUGCGCUUUGAGCUCUAAAUAAUACUAAAAGUUUCCUUCA